GUAGAUUCCUGCCUACUUGAUUCCUGUAUCGUCCUAUUCUGAUAACACGUCCUCUAAGGAAAUCAUGUCGAGUUGACAUAUUCUUGUUCCGCCUUUUUUUUUGGACCGUACAUCCUUGUUAAAUUGAUGGGAGUACAAGUAUUCUUCACAAAGUGUAAGCAACACUAUGGCAUCAACGUCCUGGCUGCGUUCUCCUUUCGUAAUUCUGAAGGAUUUGGAGAGUCUGCUGAUCCAAUCUACUUGGUUCAGGAACGAUGUGGUGGAGUUCUUCCUGGAUUGGCGGACACCAGUCGCAACUGCCGUUGGCUACCUCCUCUUCGUUGCGGCAGCGACUACUUUUUCUCGCAAGUACCUGGCACAACGACCACAUGCUGCGUCGACGAGUCAGGGUGCGUCGAGUGAAGGCGGAAAGUCUCCGUCCUCUAGCAUCGGGUGUUAUGGAUCAUGUCUACUUCGAUUAUUCGGGCAUAGUCCACAACACGUCACUUAUGUACUUGUGACGCCGUAACUUCUUCGAUUAUGUCUUCUAUGUCUAUGGUACUCGCAAUGACAUUUAAGAAAUUAUAUCUUCUCAAUUUACAACUGUAAUGAGUAGAUGGAUGGUUACCUAAUCAAUAUUUUUUUUUGUACUAACAAAUAGACGUCAAGGCGCAUCACCUAAAUGCUAACUCACGGCAUUAUCUUCUGGUAGAUACGCAGACAUGAUCCAUCUGACUUUGUGCUAAUCCUCGCGUCCGUGGUUCUGCGGAUCGGAUCUGAAGGCGCUUUCUGUAGGGCAUGACCUUAUUCUUAUUGGCGCUUCGGCAACUAUGUUUGUAGGGUGUUUCUCGGCAGUGGUGGACCGCGUUCAACGGACUUCAGCAGAUUUCCUCCUUUGCGAGGACCCCAACCUAGCAGUGUCUUUGUUUUCGUCUGGUGUCAAAACAAAUUAUGACAGUCAUGCUUUUUUUUUAUAUCUUCAUGCUUUUUAUUUUUUACCUUUCCUGGUAAGGUUGGCAUUGGCUCCACCGCUGUUAUAAGAUUGAAAAAAUAGAGCCAGUAAGUGACUACAGUUAAGAUUAAAAAGGUCCCGAAGCUGCACCUGCAGUGAGUUUUCUUGUCAACAAUAACAAGUUUGUUUGAUUUAGUCGCUUUCAUUCGUACGGCAAUGAGCAGACUCUUCUUGAGGUGACUACAGAAGAUGCAGUGAACAGACUCUUCUUGUGGUCGUUCUUGUACUAUUUGUCGAAAUAUUACGAACUAUUGGACACGAUCUUGCAGCUCGCGCGAGGGCGGCCACCACCACAGUUUUUCCUCCAUGUAUAUUAAGGCUACCGCAAUAAGCUGUUACAGUUCCAGUUGCUACGUGGUUCGAAUGAAUGAAUGUAUGAAUGAAUGAAUGAAUGAAUGAAUAACAUGUAGUUCCUAGACUAAGCAAAAAAGAGAAGGUUAGCUUUCCCUCUAUUCUUAGGUCUAACUAUCCCUUCAUGCAAGUAGACUCAUCAGGUAUGUACUGAAUCAUCCUCCGGAGCAUCAUUCUACCUCAGAGCGGAAGUCAUUCUACUACUUGAAAAGCGGACUAAGGAGGUGAGUCUCAAGGAAGUAGACGAAGAUGUCAACGCGGUCCUUAUUCUCUAAGUGUGUCAUCACAGCUGCGUCCUCGUCAUGGGAUGGGCGUGGUGUACACAGCGCAUGUCUCUGCAGUUCAUCGGAUUGUUGAGCAAUACUUUCGUUCACGUCGUGAUGUACAGCUACUAUUUUUAAGGAUUUUCGCAUUACAUCCCGCACAAACAAAUGCAUUCCCCAGUGCUAAAGAGCCAUCCUUGACUCUUUUCCCAGUAGAAAAGUAGCCAGGGUGGACGUUCUGACAAAGAAAUGGAGCUAGGUACCCGCUAAUAUUUGCAGCGCGCGGUGACAGGUAAAGUACCUUCGUGGAAGCGGUGGGUCACGCAAGUGCAGAUCCUCCAAUUCGCUUUGUCGGUUGGCUGUUUUCUGUACACCAUAUCUGCUUUUAUAGUGCCCGGCAUGCAAUGUGGCGGCUGGCCUGUAACGAUGGUCGGAAAUAUCCUUUUCAACCUGAUGCUCCUUCGAGACUUCUGCAAUCUGGCGGGAAAAAAUGCGGCUAAGGAAAAGAAAGGUUGAAAACGCUACAAGUGUGGGUGUCUGUUGCUGGUGCUUUGAAGAUGUUGAAAACACGACUACGUAUAAUUGCAUGGAGGGGGGUUUAAGUUCUUGGAGACACUACGAAUUUAUUUGGGGUUUGAAGUUCUUAGAAACGCUGUGAGGUCUAAACUUGUUUCAUUUUGAAUACGCUGAGUGGACGAGUGAUCGCAUUGCUUGAUGUUGAAAACGCUAAGAAUGAAUACGCUAAGACUUAAAUCGUGAGUCGAUGUCG